UGCCAACUACUCGCCCGAUACUAGUGGAGUGAAAGCGUAUAGGGAGGGAUAACGAAUACACGCUCGAUCACUGUGGGCAUAAAGACACCGCCGCUGCCGCUGCCGCUGCUGCUACAGAUACACACCGCUCACUGACUGACGGCACCGGAGGGACUGCCUCGCGACAGGGAGGCGUAAAUGGCCAUUACAUUUCCUAAAAGAAAUACGCUGCUCGUGAGACAACCUGUGUACCAAAAGCGUCCUGGAAAUUAGGACGCUUAUUUGCUGUAGGCUAUAUUAGAGCCCCUUUUCGCACAACGGAAGUUUCUGCAACCGAUUUUGGGGGAUCUUUGAUUUAAAGACUGAAAACAUGGACGAGGACAACCAAGUACCUGAGGACCUGUCUUUGGAGGAAAGAGAUGAGCUGUCGAACAUACGACGCAGGAAAAAAGAGCUUCUGGAUGAUAUUGAACGGCUGAAGUUUGAGAUUGCAGAAGUAAUGACUGAGAUUGAGCAGCUAACCUGUGUGGGAGAGAGCAAAACCACGCAAAGAAACAAACAGAUCGCCAUGGGGAGGAAAAAAUUCAACAUGGACCCUAAAAAGGGGAUCCAGUUUCUUCUUGAGAACGAUCUUCUCCAGAACACCCCGGAGGACAUCGCACAGUUCCUCUACAAAGGCGAGGGGCUCAACAAAACAGUCAUCGGGGACUACUUAGGGGAACGGGAUGACUUUAACAUCAAGGUCCUCCAGGCGUUUGUGGAGCUUCAUGAGUUUGCAGACCUCAACCUCGUACAAGCCUUAAGGCAGUUUCUGUGGAGCUUUAGACUCCCUGGUGAAGCCCAGAAGAUUGAUCGUAUGAUGGAGGCGUUUGCCUCCAGGUACUGCCAAUGCAAUCCUGGCGUCUUCCAGUCCACAGACACUUGCUAUGUCCUAUCCUUUGCCAUCAUUAUGCUGAACACAAGCCUGCACAAUCCCAACGUCAGAGACAAGCCCCCCGUGGAGCGCUUUAUCUCCAUGAACAGAGGGAUCAAUGAGGGGGGUGACCUCCCAGAGGAGCUACUCAGGAAUCUAUAUGACAGCAUCAAGAGCGAACCCUUUAAGAUCCCAGAGGAUGAUGGGAAUGAUCUGACACACACGUUCUUCAACCCAGACAGAGAGGGCUGGCUGCUUAAAUUAGGGGGCCGAGUGAAAACCUGGAAAAGGAGGUGGUUCAUCUUGACUGACAACUGUCUCUACUACUUUGAAUACACAACAGAUAAGGAGCCUCGUGGGAUCAUCCCGCUGGAGAAUCUCAGCAUCAGGGAGGUGGAGGAGCCCAGGAAACCCAACUGUUUUGAGCUCUAUAACCCCAAUCACAAGGGCCAGGUGAUCAAAGCCUGCAAAACGGAGGCCGACGGGCGAGUUGUUGAGGGUAACCACGUUGUGUACAGGAUAUCAGCGCCCACGCCAGAGGAGAAAGAGGAGUGGAUUAAAUCCAUCAAGGCCAGUAUUAGCAGAGACCCCUUCUACGACAUGCUGGCCACCAGGAAAAGACGCAUCGCCAACAAGAAGUGAAGAGGGACAAUCUUCUCAACCUCCAGCUUCUCCAUCUUUCUCUCCUUCGGUUCAUGAACACAUAAACCACACACAAUGCGAAGCUGGUACACAACAGAAAAGUCCUUCAACCCCAGAAAAGACUUUGACUAUAAAAAAAAACUCAGUUUCUCCCCUGGACUUUACACAAGUGCACUGGCUGGGGAGACAUCACACACUGCUGAGGGGACAGCAGACCUCCAGUUAACAUAUAUGUGGACUCUUGCAUUGAGCAGCACAUAAACAACCAAGUCAGUUUGUUUCUCAUCCAUGUCAUGUAAAGCUCUAAUGGUCAUAACAUGUUUCUAGGUCUCCCUAAAGCACAACUGCCAUGUUUCAGGUGCACAUGCAUGCAUGUGGGUUAUUAUAGACCGAUAUGUUUGUUUGUGUGUGCGUGUGUGUGUGUGUGUGUGUGUGUGUGUGUGUGUGUGAAUGCAGCAGUGUGCAAUCAAUGUGUACAGGAUAUACAGCAUGUGUGCAGACAAGCGUUCCCCCCACUGUGCUUUAGGAAAGGUAAUUCAAAGAGUUUAGAUGUAUUGUCAGCUACAUGGGGAAGGAUAUGGGAGAGUGAAUUAAAACAUUAGGAGGAGGAAAGUUGGGAAGUGGAGACAGUUGGUCACGUUUAGGAGGUGGUGGUGUAGGUCAGUGCAGCAUAACCUCACUUGGACCAUGUGGUCUUCUCACUCUGGUGCUGAUUCUUCUCUGCAGGUGCCGUGGCUGAAGCCUUGCUCAGAGUAACCUCAGAAAACAGCGCUGGCUUACAUUUAGGUUCCUAACAAAGCAUCACAGUCUUGAGUCAGCUGGGCUGAUUUCAUUUAUUUGUGUAGAGCAGAGAAUUUUGAAAUGUGCAUACUUUUUUAUUUUAGUUGACUGGGAAAGGAGCUUUUGCCAAAGCUUGAAAUAAAAACUUUCUUUUUGGACAUUAAGUUGCUAUUCUUAAGAUUUCAGUCCUGGUUAAUUCGGCAACAAAAACGUGAUUAAUGGUGGUAACUGCAAGUGUGCUGUUUAGUACUAUAACAAGCACUCCUUAAGCAGCCACCUGGCCAAAAAUGCAACUGAACAGCAACUUUUGUAUCCUUUUACAGUGCAGUCACAAAAUAAAGUAGUCAAUAAUAAUUGCUAUUGUAAUGUGACUGCCUGUCACCUGCAGCUAACAGUUCACUGUACCUGCUCCUUCUUGAUUUGUUACUCCCUUAUAAAAAAGCAAUUAUGCAAAAAAUGGCCCAAAUCCAGAGAAAAGUGUCAAUUUCAUAAAAAAACUUAAGGAUUUUAACUUUAAAAAUUGUCUGCUGGGUAGGCUUUAUUUAUGGCUGUGCAAUGGCCCAAUAGGGUACCAGUCCGAUUAAGCUUUUUUUUCUUCUCUUGUCUAUGGCCUAGGUCAGUGAAGGUUGAUGUAUUGUUGUGAUCCUGUUUGCAUUUGGUUUGUAAUCCUAUACAAUCUUGCUUGCUUUUGUGUUCUUCUAAAAGUAUAUAAUAUAACCAACCAACUUAUAAUUUUUGUAUUUAUUUUCAUUUGUGAAAUGGUUUAAUACCAUCUGUAAAUGUUAUACAAUGUAUUCUUAAGUUAUGUAUGUAUAUAUGAUGUAUAGGUUUUCUAGUUUCUUUGUUGUAGUAUGCACACUAUGUGUAACAUGCUUGAGCCUACAGGCGGAAGUUUGCAUCAGCUGAAGUUGGGGGUUUUCUUUACAAAAGCCUUAAACCUAAUCAUAAGUAAACAUAUGAGGAUGACAAGGAGGAGGAUGAUGAUGAUGAGGAUGAUGAUGAUAUUGGUCAAAUACUGUGCCAAGGCUCUUUAAAUAAGCCAUGACAAGUAAGAAAGAUAGUUGUAUCAAUAAUGAUGAUAAAGAUUAUAGUGAAAAUGAUGUUUGUUGUUAAUGAUGAUGAUUAUAGUGAUGUAAUAUCAGUGUGAUGAUGAUGAUUAUGAGACUAUCAUUAAUGAUGAUGUCAACGACUAUAAACAGCAGUAGUUUUGUAUGUGAUUGUAAAAUAAAAAUGAAAGCCUUGUGGUCAGGGCAGAAUAUUAUCUUCUACUGCCCUGUAGAAGGUUUAUAAUAACUUUUAUAUUAUAUUCUCUGUAAAAGCGGUCACAUUGUACAUUACGUGUAUCUAUAUAAAGUAUACAUAAAGCA